UUCUUUUCAUUUCGACGAACAAUUAUGGCCACUGAAGAAGAGCCUGUGGAUCAACCGGAUUUGUGUGCCAUAGAGGAGAGUCUAAUGAGUUUUGAGAAACUGGACAGAGCAUCUCCCGAUUUAUGGCCUGAACAAACGAGCAAUGAAGUUCCAGGUGUGCAUGAGUUUGUUGCUCAAAAUUCACCGCAGACAGAGCCAUGUUUUUGGACUGCGAAUUUUACAGCGGACGACAUAAGUCAAUUGCAUCAACUGGGUAAUUUAACAAUGACCGGGCUUAUCUCGGAAGUGAAAAAACUGCACGAUUUAGCUUAUCAGCUGGGUCUAGAAGAGGCUAAGGAAAUGACGCGCGGCAAAUAUUUGAAUAUAUUUAAACAUAAAUAAUA